UCAUAUCCAUCAGACAUAGCACAGAGAAGAUAUCAUCCGCCAUAAAGCUCCAAAUCUUUCUCUUAUCCAUGGUUUCCCUUUGGUCCCUCUGAUAUGAGACCAAAGUCUGCCAUAUUCAACAUUUAACUUCUUUUUACAGCUAAGUCUUGUAUCUGAAAUAAGAAACAACUUUCUUUAAAUUCCGAACCCCAUUCAAGGCUAUAUAACUUGAAGAACUGAGAUUUUGCUCUAAAGCAAAACCAAGGAGUAUCCAAAAAGAUGGUUAAAUCAUGCUGGAAACCAUUGGUGGAAGGCGAAGAUAAUGGAGACGGCGGUGGGAGUAGUAGUGGGAGAGUUGAUGGGUUGUUGUGGUACAAAGAUUUGGGGUACCAUCUUCAUGGUGAAUUCUCAAUGGCUGUGAUUCAAGCAAAUAACUCAUUGGAAGAUAGAAGCCAAGUUGAAUCUGGACCUUUGAGUUCCAACCACCAUUUGGGUCCUCAUGGAACCUUCAUAGGUGUAUAUGAUGGUCAUGGUGGAAAUGAAGCCUCACAGUUUGUUAGUGACAAUCUUUUCUCUAAUCUCAAGAGGUUUGCAGCUGAAAAUCAAAGCAUAUCAGAAACCGUUAUAAAAAAAGCAUUCUCAGCAACAGAGGAUGGUUUUUUGUCUCGAGUUAAGAAACAAUGGCUAAGUAAGCCGGAGAUUGCAUCCACAGGAAGUUGUUGCUUGGUUGGAAUAAUCUGCAACGGCAUGCUUUACAUCGCAAACUCCGGCGACUCGAGGGCGGUGCUAGGUAGAUUAGAGAGACAAACAAGAGAAGCAUCUGCUGUUCAAUUAUCCGUCGAACAUAAUGUUAAUCAAGAAACUGUUAGAGAUGAACUUCGUUCAAAGCACCCCUUUGAUUCACAGAUUGUGGUUAUGAGACACAAUGUUUGGCGUGUAAAAGGACUCAUACAGGUUUCAAGAUCCAUUGGUGAUGCAUAUCUGAAGAGAGCAGAGUUCAAUAGAGAUCCUCUGCCAUCUAAGUACAGACUAGCUGAGACAUUCUUCAAGCCAAUUCUUAGUUGUGAGCCAUCAAUAUCGGUGCACAAACUCCACCCUGAUGACCAAUUCCUCAUAUUUGCUUCUGAUGGUUUAUGGGAGCACCUUGGCAACCAAGAAGCUGUUAGCAUAGUCAGCAACAACCCACCUAAUGGAAUUGCAAGAAGACUAGUGAAAGCUGCACUAAGAGAAGCAGCAAAGAAGAGAGAAAUGAGAUUUGCAGACCUCCAAAAGAUUGAACAAGGAGUAAGGAGACAUUUUCAUGAUGACAUAACCGUGAUUGUUGUGUUUCUCAAUCCCAAACUUAUUGAUACAAGCUCUCUAUUAGGUUCUCCUCUUUCAAUCAAGGGAGGCGAAUUUUAAUCAAACAAAAUUUUAUAUAUAAUAACUUGUUACUUGUAGAGAUUAAAGUGAACCAAUCUUCACUAUAUAACCAAGAGUAUAAUAUUUAAGGUUUGCAAUGAUCUGAUUCUGAAAUUUGUGUGCUCUCACUAGUUUAUGAUGAUUAAUUAACGUUGAACAUGUAUC